CUCUCUCUCUCUCUCUCUCUCUCUCUCUCUCUCUCUAGCUUUCUCUUUCUCUGUCUCGCAUUUGUCUACUAGCUUCAAUGAGCCACAACACUCUCCUCUGAUUUCCUGCUAAACGACACACUCUGCCUCUGCAACUAUCUUGCAUGUAUUCUCUUCAAUCUCCAUUUCAAUUUUCACAAGAUUGCUUAUUGUUUUCGAUUAUCCUCAAAACGGAAGCAAAAUAAAAGCGCUUAUUUGCAUAAUCCAUUUUUGUAUUCUCAGCAGAUUCUAUUCUACACCCAUCAGCUAGUGUAGAAUUGAGGAAGAGGGAUAUAAGAUAGUAAAGGUGAAGUGAGGUGAAAAUGGGUACAAGAGUAGACUCAGAUGAAGAUGGGGAUAACAAAGGUAGUAUGUGGGAACUGGAUCAGAAGCUUGACCAACCUAUGGAUGAGGAAGCAGGAAGACUUAGAAAUAUGUACAAAGAAAAGAAAUUUUCUGCACUGUUGAUUCUGCGACUUGCAUAUCAGAGUCUUGGAGUGGUUUAUGGAGAUUUGGGCACUUCACCCUUGUAUGUUUUCUACAAUACAUUUCCUAAUGGUGUGAAACAUGAAGAUGAAGUACUUGGAGCUCUUUCUUUGAUUAUCUACUCUCUUACCUUGGUGCCUCUCCUCAAAUAUGUUUUUGUUGUGUUAAGAGCAAAUGACAACGGACAAGGUGGAACACUUGCGCUUUAUUCCUUGCUUUGCCGACAUGCAAAGAUAAAAACCAUUCCCAAUCAGCAUCGCACUGAUGAAGAACUAACAACAUAUAGUCGUUCUACCUUCCAUGAAAGGUCAUUUGCUGCAAAAACUAAAAGAUGGUUGGAGGAACGGGAAUCAUGGAAGAGCGCCAUUCUUAUUCUUGUUCUUGCUGGCACCUGCAUGGUUAUUGGAGACGGGAUUCUCACCCCGGCUAUAUCAGUUUUAUCAGCCGUUGGUGGCAUCAAGGUAAAUCAGCCCGACAUGAAUAGCAGUGUAGUAGUUCUCGUUGCUGUUGUAAUAUUAGUUGGAUUUUUCAGUUUGCAACAUUAUGGAACAGACAGAGUUAGUUGGCUCUUUGCUCCAAUUGUUCUCCUUUGGUUUCUCCUAAUAGGAGGUAUCGGUAUAUUUAAUAUCUGGAAACAUGGAAGCAGGGUUCUUAAAGCUUUUUCUCCUGUGUAUAUAUAUCACUAUUUCAAAAGAGGCGGAAAAAAAGGAUGGACUUCCCUUGGUGGUAUCAUGCUCAGUAUAACAGGGACGGAGGCUCUUUUCGCUGACCUAGCUCAUUUUCCAGUCUCAGCUGUACAACUUGCAUUUACUCUAGUUGUGUUUCCUUGCCUUCUUUUAGCCUACUCUGGACAAGCUGCAUACCUUAUGAAUAACAUGGCUCAUUCACAAGAUUCCUUUUAUCGUUCUAUUCCAGAAAGUAUAUACUGGCCAGUAUUUGUUGUUGCAACAGCUGCAGCUAUAGUUGCGAGCCAGGCGACAAUAACUGCAACUUUUUCGAUUGUUAAGCAAGCCCUUGCUCAUGGUUGUUUCCCUAGAGUUAAAGUUGUAUAUACAUCAAGAAAAUUUGCUGGCCAGAUAUAUAUUCCAGAUAUCAAUUGGAUCCUUAUGGUUCUUUGCAUUGCCGUCACGGCUGGUUUCGAAAAUCAAAACCAGAUUGGAAAUGCUUACGGUACUGCAGUUGUGAUUGUCAUGCUCGUUACGACGUUCCUUAUGAUUCUAAUCAUGAUAUUAGUGUGGCGCUGCCACUGGAUUCUUGUACUCGCCUUCACUUGCUUAUCGUUGAUUGUGGAGUUCUCAUACUUCUUCUCUGUAAUCUUCAAAGUUGAUCAAGGUGGAUGGGUUCCACUUGUAAUCGCGGGAGCAUUUCUUGUCAUAAUGUAUGUCUGGCAUUAUGGUACACUGAAACGCUACGAGUUCGAAAUGCAUAGUAAGGUCUCAAUGGCAUGGAUUCUCGGACUCGGCCCAAGUUUAGGACUCGUUCGUGUACCCGGAAUUGGAUUAGUCUACACAGAACUGGCAAGUGGAGUACCACCAAUCUUUUCUCAUUUCAUCACCAACCUACCAGCCAUCCAUUCCGUUGUUGUUUUCGUAUGCGUUAAAUACCUUCCUGUCUACACCGUCCCUGAAGAAGAGAGAUUCCUUGUCAAAAGAAUCGGACCAAAAAAUUACCACAUCUUCCGAUGUGUUGCACGGUAUGGCUAUAAAGACCUGCACAAGAAAGACGACGAGUUUGAGAAAAAACUCUUCGAUAACCUUUCGAUGUUUGUUAAGCUUGAAUCUAUGAUGGAAGGUUGUUCAGAUUCAGAUGAAUACAGUUUAUAUGGACCAGAAACCGAGUUGUUGCCAAGAGAUGGGUUGUUGAAUAACAACGGGAGCACGUUUUCUUCGAACGUGGAGUUCACAAUCAACUCAAUUGAUUCAAUAGUACAAGUUAAAUCACCGCCGCCAAAUGUGAGUAAUACUGUUAGGUCCUCCGGUCAAGUGAGCAGCCAAACCGAGAUCGAUGAAGUUGAGUUUUUGAAUAACUGCAGGGAUGCAGGGGUGGUUCACAUAUUGGGAAACACAGUUGUAAUAGCAAGGAGAGAUUCAAAUUUCUUCAAGAAAUUAGCUGUUGAUUAUAUAUAUGCAUUUCUUAGGAAGAUUUGCAGGGAAAAUAGUGUGAUCUUCAAUGUUCCUCAUGAGAGUCUCUUAAAUGUUGGUCAGAUUUUCUCUGUAUAGUAACCUUACAAAUCAUUUUAUGAUUGCCAUCUCAUACAGAGUUGAGGUAAGUUUGGCAUAUGAACAACACCUUGUUUGUGAUAAUCAACUCUUUGGCAAUUAUUUGUUCAAAAUUGGAAGUAAAUAUCUGAGUUAACCGCCUUUUCUGUUGAGAUUACUUUCAACACACAAGAUGAUUGCGGUUCUUAAUA